AGCACCUACGAUCCGUCCCGCAACCAUCUUCUCGUUUUUUCUCCGUAUUAUUUUUUGCAUUUUUUUCUCUCGAAAUAUCUGCAUUCCCUGAGAAAGCCGAUGGAAGAGAGCCACCGGACGGCGCCACCGCCGGGGUAUGGAAAUCCGGCAUCGUCGCCCAGUUGUACCAAUGAGUUUACUGGUUCGACCGCUGAUGCGGCCUUCUUAACUCCUGAGAAUUUUAGAGAUGCUUUACAUCACACUGCGAAUGCAAGACUGGGUGAUUGUACAAGAUGGACAAAUGAGAAGCACAACUUAUAUCUUGAUAUUCUGGAAGCAUCCUUUGUUAAACAGUUGUACCAGUCAACUUUGCCUUCCAGGUGCUCAGAGCAGAACAAGAAUAACAGAAAUGUGAUCAAGGAGCUGCCAACCAAAAUGGAUAGAGUUUUCGAACAGUUUCCUGCUUUACAAGCUUCUUGUUGUAACAAGAACAACAUUGAAAGGGAUCAGCAUGCUCUUUAUACUGCUACACCCAGUUCUCAUGCUCAACACCUGUAUGAGGCAGAUAGUGAGAAGAAAUGCUUGCAAGAAAAGCGAAAAUUUCCAUGUGGACUUGCAAAAAGAUCUGAGCUUCAUACAGACUUGCAGAACUCAGUUUGCAGUAUGACAGAAGGUUCAGGUCAAAACUUUGAAGAUGGUUGUGAAGAGAACACAGACAGCAAAAGGAGAAAGGCAGCCACAGGAGACAUAUCUAGCCAUGAGGUCCAUGACCAAAUUGUGCCUUGCGGAAAGUUUGAUAGUCCAACAAUUGCCAGCUCUACUUUAAAAAGAGAUGAACAGGCAAGUCAGGAAUGCUUAUUUGAGAGGUAUGAGCGCUUCACCUGCCCCAAAACUGACAUGAAAUCCUUUCUGAAUAGCAGUUGAAGUGAAGUGCUGCAGUAAGGAGAUCCAUUGCUUCUAAAACAAAAGCAUUUAAUUUCAUAUUAUUUUUAAAAUUUUUUGCCUGCAUACAAAAAUUGUAGCAAUAUUGAAAAGUUAAGAUAGGGGCAAGAUGUCUAGCGUUGCAGAUUGUUUUUGAUUAUAUAAUAUAGAGCAGGGGAAUUCUGCGACGUGCAUUUGAAUAUUAAUAUCUUUAUGGAUUUAAACUUUGUACAUGAGAUAUAUAGUUGGUAGUAUCCAUAAGUACCCAAGUACUUGAA